CUCUAUUGCUAGAUAAUUUUCAAACAAUUGAAGUAGGGGUACAUGGACUGACCCAGGUUUGACUUUUAAAACAUACUUGCCCUAUAUUGUACCCGGUAAAGGUUUAUACUUGGACAUUAAUCGGGAUAUUUACGUGAUAUUUGGGAGGAGUCAAAUUUUUGGCGCCUUGUCAGGGAACUUUGGUCCAUUAUUUUGAAAAGAUUGUUUGGUGUUAAUCUAGCAUUUAUUUUUGUUUUUGUGAGCGUGAAUCUUGCUUGUGUUAGACGAGUUGUGUUUCUUUGAAGGUGUGCAGGAGGGUAUAUGACCCGGAGCAAUCCGACACCUUUGGCGCCACUAGACGAGAAUCUCAACCGCACUCUCCGACUCUUGGCUCGUGAGUGGGAGCUGGCAGAAGCAAGAAGAAGGAUAGAGGAGAGGGGACAACCACAAGUUGGUCAUGAAGUUGAAGAAGUUGUAGUUGAGGAAGAGUUUGAAUCGGAGGAAGAGGAAGGAAGUGAAGCCGAGAUGGCGGAGAAUCAAAAUGCUCCAGAUGGUGAUGAUGAACCGAGGACCAUGGACUACUAUAUGGCUCAACGGGCGGUGGAUAUCCGAUCGACCAAUUUACAUCCACUCGUGGUCGCUAACAAUUUCGAGAUCAAGCGCGACCUUGUCACAAUGAUCUAGAACAACAUUCAGUUUCAAGGGCUUAAGGAUGAGUGCCCAAGGGAGCAUAUGCAGAGAUUCAUCGAGAUUGCGAGAAGCUUGAAGAUCAAUGGGUAUCCGAUGAUGCUUUGAAGUUGAGGAUUUCCCCCCUACUCUCUUGCGGUGAAAGCGUUCCGUUGGCUCAACAAUAGACCACCCCUCUCUAUUACCUCAUGUGAUGACUUACUCAACAAGUUCAUGGCCCGAUAUUGUCCACCUUCCAAGACGCCGAAGUGGCGCAAGAAAAUCAUCCACUUCGAUCAAGAGGAGGACGAGACAUUUAAAUCAUGGGAGAGGUACUAUGACUAUUUCCUCCAAUGCCCACAUCACGGGUUUGGAUAGCGAUUUUGGAUCAAAACCUUCGAUGACGCUCUCCUUUAAUAAGACAAGAUUCUCAUUGACUCUCUAUGCCAAGGGAACUUGAUGAAAAAGACCCCACCCAAGAUGACCGCUUUACUUGAAGAUAUGGCAACAAAAUGUUAUGAUUGGGGAUCGAUGAGACGUGGUGGAAGGAAUUCCAAGAGAGGGUACACGCCACGGAGGCUUGUCCUCUGCUUGCUGCCAAAAUUGACCAAUUGAUCAAUGCACUUCUUGAAGAUAAGAAGGAAGAGAAUAAGUCGUUGAUGGCAAGUGAUUGGUAUUCGAGUGCCAACCAAGAAAUUGUGGAGUGCCAAUUGAUGAAGGAAGCGAACGUCUUCGAUAAACAAUUGCAUUCCAUCUCUUUUGCACAUUCCGAUAAGAUGUCUUACCUGGAGGAUCUAGUAACCACCUUCGCUAGUUCCAGCUCGAAGAAGUUUGAGAAAUAGAAAGGUUUACGGGGAGGCGACGAAGAAGUUCUCAUCCAUAGAGGCGCGGUUGCAAAGUCAUCAAUCAAUCUUGAUAACAAAGAUGGGGAUUAUCACGCAAGCGGCCCUUUCCCGAAAUCAAAUUGAUGAAUAUGAGUUGGGAGAUGUGACCCUCCGCAGUGGGACAAAGACCUGAGAAGUACCCAUCCAGAGGAAGCCCACCAAGGCGGUGGAGCGAGUCGAUCCUACUAUUUACCCUGAUCAACAAGGGAGCGCAAGUGCACCCGAUGGGGCAAAAAUGGAUAGAUUGGGGCGGGUUAUGUCAAACCCAAACCCAUGGGUUUAUCUACCAAAAAAGCUCGGGAUAAAACCCAUUGGAUUUGGAAAACUCAAACCCAACCCGCUGGGUAUCCCCGGGUUCAUAGGUACCAAUGGGUUCAUGUACAAAGAUGCAAUUACACUAAUUUUCACUACUAUUGUGUACUACUUACACACUAACUUACAAAUCGUUCGUACUAAUUUUUCAAUAUUAAAGAUAAUUAAACAUUCACAAACAAUAUGAUUAAUUGAACGUGUGAGGAAUUAGGUUAGAAAUUAUAGUUAAUUAGUUAAAGGUUCCCUUGGUCAUGGGGGGUAUGGAGUACUUGGGUGCUGGUCUUCACGGGUUGGAUAUGGCUAACUCAAACUCAGCCCAACCUGCAACAAGUAUAGCGGGUUUUAACCUGAACCUGGCCCGCAAUCCAUCAAAGUAGGUUUUACCUGCGUUGACAGGAUUGGGUCGGGUAAAGUACCCGCGGAUUCGGGUUCUACUGACAUCCCUACAUACCUACCCCAGUAGGGUUGGAUAGUAAAAGGAUAAAUUGCAA